AUGUCAAGGGGACUCACUUUGGUAUUCGGUAUAGCAUUCAUUAUCAUGGCAUUGGUCUCCUUAUUUGGAAUCGUUGGUUCACUUUUUGAAAUUUCAACUGCUGUUCGUGUGUUUUCUAAUAUGUUAUGGGGUUUUGUCAUAAUUGAUAACUGUAUUCAAAAUUUACAAAAACAACCAGAUAGUAAUGCUAUAAGUGAGUCAUUACAAAUUGAUACGGAGAUUUGUACACAUAAUGAGACCAUACUUGUUGUGCGAAAUGUAAUUGUAGCGUUAUUAUUAAUAUUGUUUAGUGUAUUGUUCGCUAGAGUUUCAUCUUCUUAUGCUCGAAAACUUGAAAAAAAAUUCAAACGUAUAACACCAGCACCUAGUCUUUCAACAUUAACAGUCGCUAGUAUUUCUACUACAGAUUUUAAUCCACAUGCAUAG